UACUUGUGCCAAUUAGUCUAUAGAGUCACACCUACCGCUUCCACCAUUAAUGCAAGGGAGGCUCCGUCUCGGUAGUUAAAGCAGUUUAAUAAACAAAACAAAAUCUAAAACUUGGUGGUUGAACUUGACACAGAUGGAGUUGACAUGGAUCGUAUUUCUUCAAGUACAUGCUCAAAAGAUGACAUUGCAAUCUUCCAAGGGUCAACAGCCCCACUUCCUAAUGGGAUUCCCUCCUACGCAGUUCAGAUCCUAAACGCCCGCAAUUCAGGCUGCAGCAUCUCCCACAUUCAUGUCAAAUGUGGAUGGUUUAGCUCUGUCCGUUUGAUCAAUCCUACAAUUUUCAGGAGAAUUUACUAUGAUGAUUGCCUAGUCAACAAUGGUCAGCCUCUUGGCCCCGGCGAAACACUCUCAUUCCAGUAUGCCAAUAGUUUCCCUUAUGCUCUCUCUGUUUCAUCUGUCGUUUGUUGCUGAACUUAUUUGCCUUUCCUUUUCGUUUUUGCCUUUUUUUUUUGUUUUGUUUAAUGAAAUGUAUAAUAUAUAGUGAAAUCUUAAUAAUAGUUGUCCUAUAUUUUCACUAAGGCUAUAUGUAUCUAAGCAAUAAAAUUAAAAGGCAAAAUUGACAGCUCUGAUAUUAUUAAACUUUAUGUUUUUGCUAGUAUUGAAAAUUAAAACAGAAAACAAGAUAAGCCUAGCUAAUUAAUAACUAUAAUCAUAAGAAAAAUCAGUGACACCAACCAUAGCAGAAACCACUUGGGAAACUAGGUAGAAUCCUCCCCCAAGAAUGGCCAAAAUGAGAAUUGCAGAAAUGGGAUUUUUCAAUAACUCAAAUAUAGGCAAGAAGAUGGUGUAUAGAGCUCCAGUACUGACAGUGAGAGCAUAAAGUGCAUAUCUUCUUACGUUGUCCCAAAACUCUUCAGCCAGUGGCCCUUCUGGACCUAAAGCUAAUGCCUUUUGGUCAUCCAAUCCCAUCAGAAACAGCAGAACUCCAACAGAAACCGCCCCAACUAUUAAAGACCUUGAAUAGUCUAUCUCAUUUGUACAAACAUGAGCCAUAUUUUGACCCUUUGACAAAUUUUGGCAUCUGGGGUCAACUUCUUGGAUUAAAAUUGUAUUGUUGAUGAUAUCAUCUGAUUUGGCUGUGCAUUGUGGCGCAGUGUGUCUCUGAAUGGUAAUACUAACUUUUGAAAGCAAAGAUGAGGCAGCGCGUGGAUUUGUGUGGUACUUUUGGUGUGAGAUUGGGAAGAGUGGUGGACGAAUUGAGAUAGAAUUGGUAAGAUUGGUGCACCUGAGAAGGUUGAAUUGGGAUUUCAAGCUACACAUUUUGACCCUCAGCAGAUUAAUGAGCUC